AUCAUUAAGAUGAACCUUUUUGAUAUUGGAAAACUGUGUUAAAUCUAUACCUUAGGAAAAGAGAAAAUGUAAUCAAAAACUCUUACCCUUUUGGUAUAUUUUUGUCUAUUAUUCGCCGCAUUGGUCCACACUAAUUUCGGGUGGAGAUCUAUUAAUAGAUGCAUCGCCCUACAUGCUCAGCAUCAGUAGCUCACUCACUGAAGAUUCAUUGAAGCGAAAACCAAAAAGAAAGAAGAGGAAGAAUAAUUUUCAGCAUUUGUGUUGUGUUUUUCUUUCCCCAUCAAUAAUGAAUUCCUGUCAGGUGUGCGCGGAGCCAACGAAAAACAAUUGCUCCAAUUGCAAUCAGGUCUCGUACUGCAGUGUGCAACAUCAGAAGCAGGACUGGAAAUCACACAAACCCAAUUGUCAUCCAUACAAAAUAGCCCACAAUGAGGUAUUGGGUCGUCAUUUGGUGGCUACACGGAAUAUAAAACCAUAUGAGAUUAUACUUAAAGAGGCGCCUCUGGUGCGUGGUCCAGCCCAGAUAUCGGCUCCAGUUUGUAUGGGCUGCCUGAAUAGCAUUGAGCCCACAGAUCAUAUAGAAUGUGAGCAAUGUGGUUGGCCUUUAUGCGGUCCGGAGUGCAAGUCUCUUGAUGAGCAUCGCGCUGAAUGCAAAUUGACCAAAGAUCGUGGCCAAAAGGUCAAUGUGCAAGAGUUCCAGGGUCCACAUCCACUCUAUACUUGUGUGAGCACUGUCAGAUGUCUGCUGCUGGGUGAAACGAAUGCUGCAAAUGCCAAGAAAUUCAGUGAUCUGGAAUCUCUGGAGUCUACGAGACGUGGUUCGAGCCAAUGGAAAGCCGAUUUGACCAGCAUAGGACAAUUUAUACCCAAAUUUUUCAAAACUCAAAAGUUUAGCGAAGAAGAAAUCAUGCGCACUGUGGGCGCCCUACAGAUCAAUGGACAUGAAGUGCCCACUUCUGAUCCACCACAUGUGGCUGUUUUCUAUGUGGCCUCGUUCACGGAGAACUCUUGCCUGCCCAAUUUGGCUAAAAGUUUUAAUAAGCAUGGCCAUUGCAUUCUCUGGGCUCCACAGGCCAUCAAGAAGAACUCUCAUCUAAGCAUUUGCUAUUCGGAUGCCAUUUGGGGUACAUCGGAUCGUCAGCGUCAUUUAAUGCAGACCAAGCUCUUUAAAUGUGCUUGUCUACGUUGCCAAGAUCCCACCGAAUUGGGCACCAAUUACAGUGCCAUCAAGUGUGAGGAUCGCAAAUGUUCGGGUCUAAUGUUGCCCACGAAAGCGGAUGAUUGGCAUGGUGGCUGGCAGUGUAAGGAGUGUGGCAAACAAGUUCCUAAACAAUAUGUGGAGGGUAUACUCGAGCGUGCUGGCCAAGAUAUACAGAGCAUGGAGAAGACUAUCGAAAAUGGUUUCAAGUAUCUUAAGCACUAUGAACGUUGGCUGCCGUCACAACAUUUUCACAUGAGCGAAAUAAAGAUAUUGCUUGUCCAGAUUAUAGCCAAAGAUCAGCAGGAAUUGAUGGUUGUAUCCGAUGAAAGGCUGCAGUUGAAACUGAAGUUUGCCCGUGAGCUAGUCGAACUGUAUGAGACCAUAACGCCAUGUGAGGUACGCACUUUGGGCACACUUUGUUUUGAACUUCAUUCGGCAAUUGCCGAAAAUACACGUCGCAUUGCCUUGGAGACGACCCUAUCACCAACCGAAAUGCUAAAUGAAUCCCUAAUGUAUGUGGACAAAUGCGUCAAUUAUUUGCAAUACGAAUCGGAUAUCUUUGUGGAGGGGCAUAUAUUAAAGCAGGCCAAAAUUAAUCGUGAUGCACUACGCAUGGUCAUGAGAAUUUGUUAAAUCAAGAAAAAAAAAACAUAAUAAUAAUUCUACACUAAUUACCGUGUUCCACUUGAGUGGCCUAGCGGCUCAUAUCAGUUCAAUCAGAAGUGAUAAAGCGACUGUCUAGUUGUAGACAAUAUAUAUGUACAUAUAUAUUGGCAAACUCAUGGCUUACGUUUUGGCUAAUAUCAAAAAUAAAUAAAUUCAAUACCUACCAAAUGUCAA